AUUAAAUAGAGAAGAAGACUGCUGCCCAGAAACUGAAAGAAAACCAUCUAGCUAGAAACCAAUCUGGCAAACCACCAGACAAAACGUUAGCAGUCUGUGUUACAAAAACGAGUUUCUUGAUCGAACGUUAAUCCAUGGGAGCCGAUAAAAGAAUCGCUCGGGGUGAACGCAGCGGAAGAUACGGAUCGGAGGGGAGGAGAGAAGAUGUGGAAUGGCAUGAAAGACGGAGUAGAGACGUGGAGAGGGACCAUGACCGAGAAUGGAAUGAUGACAGACACCAAGAACGCUUUGAUGAGAGCAAAGACAGUCCAGAACAGCAUAGGGGGCGAAAACGGCGCUACAGCGACAGAUCUGAUGAUGAAUAUGAUUGGGAUUAUCCAGAUCAGGACUAUAAAAAGAAGGAGGAAGACGAGGAGCUGGAGGAGGGGGAGGAGGAGGAGGAGGAAGAAGAAGAGAGCAAGACUAUUAUGCUGAGAGGUCUCUCUCUCCACGUCACAGAGGACAACAUCCGCGCAGCACUCGAGAAACUGCAGGGGCCCCAGCCUGUGGACAUUCGCUUGAUGAAGAAAAGGACAGGUAUAAGCCGAGGUUUCGCCUUCGUGGAGUUUUAUCACUUGCAAGACUCUACCCGAUGGAUGGAGACCAAUCAGAACAAGUUGGUGAUCCAGGGGAAGAGCAUAGCGCUGCACUACAGCAACAGGAGACAGAAGUUUGAAAACUGGCUGUGCAAUGCAUGUGGCCUGUACAAUUUCCGGAAGAGGCUAAAGUGUUUCAGGUGUGGAGCAGCCAAAGUUGACGAGGACUCACCAGUGCGCAGCAGUUUAAAUGCAGAGUCUCAGCAGCCAGGAGAUUACAAUGGAGACACAAUAAUUCUGAGAAACAUUGCCCCCCAUUCAUCCGUGGAUGGAAUUUUGAUCACUUUGGCACCGUAUGCCAACCUGUCGGCGAGCAACAUCCGUCUCAUCAAAGACAAGCAAACGGGCCAGAACCGAGGCUUCGCCUUUGUUCAGCUCUCCUCUCCCCUGGAGGCUUCUCAGCUGCUCACCAUUCUCCAGAGCCUUCAGCCGCCUCUAAAACUGGACGGAAAAACAAUUGGCGUUGAUUAUGCCAAGAGCGCGAGGAAAGACUCGACCCAGCUCGACGGGAUCAGGGGAGGCGCGCUCUCUGUGGCCAGCAGAGCCAUAGCUGCCGCUCAGUGGUCAUCCAGCCAGUUGCUGCAAGGUUGUGGUACCACAUCUGACUACAUUGCCCUUCCUGAUGGCUAUGCACAGCCAACACGGGCACAGAAUUAUCAAUUAUGGCAGCAUCAGCCUGAAGCCUUGGCUCCUGUAAUCGGAGAUGGAUUACUCGGAGCUGCUCCAGGAAUGAACACAACGAUCCCUGCAGGUGUGAUCAUAUCUCAGAUAGCUCAGGGUUAUCAACCGGUCAUCAUCAACCAGCCUGCCAUACAGUUAUUGCAGGCUGUGGAUACAGCACAACAGAUACCACAGGUAACCCCGACAGCCUCCGCUGUGGUCUGUGCGGCCCGGACUGUUAAUGCUACGGCUGCCCCUGCCACCUCCACAUAUCAGUAUGAUGAGUCUUCAGGCUACUAUUAUAAUCCACAAACCGGCCUGUACUAUGAUCCUGGCAGCCAAUACUACUAUAACUCUGAGACUCAGCAGUACCUCUACUGGGACAGUGAGACACAGACCUACGUUCCUGCACCGGGUGAAUCGGACACGAGCUCUGCCAACAGCUCCUCAACCACGAACGGUAAAGAUCCCAAAGAGAAAAAAGAGAAGCCCAAAAGCAAGUCUGCACAGCAGAUUGCAAAGGACAUGGAACGGUGGGCGAAAACCUUAAAUAAGCAAAAAGAGAGUUUUAAGUGCAGUUCCCAAAGCCUCGGACCCUCCAAGGAGGACGAAAGGCCAGAAUCUGCAGCAGCCGAUGCAGGUUUUGUCCUCUUUGAGAAAAAGCAAAUGGGAGGAUUAGAGAUGCAACCUUUCACAAUUGAACAAUUCAAGAUCCCUGAGCAGGAGACCUCUGCUAAGAGCAACCCUGCUGGUGCUCACAAUGGAGACAGUAACCUUGAGGAGGGCGUCUCGGAUAGAGCAGCAGAUGAGGGUAAAAUAACAGACUGGAGUAAGCUAGUUUGUCUGCUGUGUCGAAGGCAGUUCCCCAACAAGGACGCUCUGCAGCGCCACCAGCAGCUCUCUGACCUCCACAAGCAAAACCUAGAAAUUCAGAGAAGAGCAAAACUAACAGAAGCUGAGCUGGAGGAGCUGGAGAGGAAAGAAACCGAGCUGAAAUACAGAGACCGAGCUGCAGAGAGAAGGGAGAAGUACGGGGUUCCUGAACCUCCUGCUCCUAAGAAGAAGUUCUAUAAGCCACCAGUUCCAACCCUAAACUAUGAACAGCCCACCAAAGACGGCCUUACAAGCGAUAACAUCGGAAACAAAAUGUUGCAGGCGAUGGGCUGGCAGGAAGGCAAAGGGCUGGGGCGCCACCAGCAGGGCAUCACCGCUCCCAUCGCGGCUUCAUUAAGGACCAAGGGCACGGGCCUGGGCAUUAAAGGAAGCGCGUAUGAGCUCUCAGCAUCUGACACCUACAAGGACGCUGUUCGAAAGGCCAUGUUUGCACGCUUCACUGACAUGGAGUGAACUCAAGAGGGAAAAGGAAUUCUACUAAAGCUGGAGAUAUUGUGGCCAAAUGAGGUGAAAAGAGAGUUGGACUCAUACUGCCAUUUUCCUUUUUUAUCUUUAUGUGAAUAAUAGUGUUAUAUAUUGCUUGAUAUUUUGUCUUCCAAAUGAUGUCUUCAGUUAUCUGAACAUGUAAAUGUUGUAUAUCAUUUGUAAAUACAAUUAUUCAAAACUGCUGAGGUUUUGUUCUUGUGAAAAUCUAAAGAAUCAAUGUGACCAUUAAAGUCAACAAUCCUUGA